AUGAUUAUUGAUCUGUCCGAUUUGGACAAGCCAGUGAACGCCUCACAGCUCAUCCAUCAGGUACUUCAUGACGCUUUCCUGGCCGCAGAUCUUGGAAACUACACAGAAGCCGUCAAUUUGCUCGAUAAACCGCCUGCAUGGCAAACGUGGGGAAUCGGUUUCGCAAUUGUAUCGGGAUGCAGUUUCUCAGCUCCUCUCGGGAUUCUUCUGCUUCCUUGUUUAUCAAAAUCACUUUAUGAGAGAAUCAUGACAUUUCUUGUUGCUGUUGGCAUUGGUGCAUUAUCUGGGUCAACUAUUUUCAUUAUGCUUCCACAAGCAUUUCAUCUGACAUCAUUCGAGCAUUUCGAAUAUCAUACAAAAUCCCUGAUCAUUCUUUGCGCACUCUAUGCAUUUUUCACUGUUGAUCGAAUGUUACAGUAUAUUUUGGAAUUCAGGAGACGUCGUCAAACGAAACGAAGGAUUCAUGCAUCAACAAUCGCUUCAUUAAUGAACACCCCAACUGCUAAAAGAAGAGAAAACGGUCACAAUGUGACGGAAGAAACGAUAGUGCCAUCGGAACCACCGACGCUCACUCAUUUGCAAGUCCCUGAUCUUCAUAAUCAUCACAGAUUUCGACGAGAGUCGGAACUAUCAGAUGUUGAGAGGACAGAGCAACAAGAAAAAGAGAUGGCUGAAUUAGCAAAUGAUUUGGAAAUGGCAUUGACAAAUAACGUGCUGGCUAGAACGUUUUCCACACGUCGUAGAGUUGCUGUUGUGAGUGGAGGACUUGAUGAUAUUGAAUUCAGAAGUCCCAAACACUCCCAUCACACUAAUGGAAACACUUCUCAAUUUCUGGAUGUUAUCAAUAACGAAUUCCAUAGAAGGAUGACUCCUUUAUCAUCUCGACCUGGUAGUCCCGUUGCUAUAAACAUUGAAGAGCCAAAGGAAAGCUACGAAAUGAAACCGAAAUCUGAAAAACUUCCAAAUGGCGCUCAGGACGAUGGCGAUGCAAUGUCAGUUUCUAUCCGAGUAGUUGAAAAGAAAGUGAUCGAACCAGCAGCAAUGGAAGUGGCCUCAGUCGCCUACAUGAUCAUUUUUGGAUCUUCAGCGAAUAAUUUUGUGGAUGGGAUGAGCAUGGGAGCGGCAUUUUCUGAUAAUCUAUUACGUGGGCUCAGUAUUGGAGUUGCUGUGGUAUCGCAACAGUUUCCACAAGAACUCGGAACACUUGCGAUUCUAAUUAAAUCAGGAUUAGGACUCAAAAAGACACUUCUAUUCAAUAUGGUUCCGAUUGUUUUAAGUUUUCUCGGAUUCUCUGUUGGCGUGAUGUUGGAUAGUGUGGAUGAUUCAUAUGACGAAUACAUCUUUGCCAUUUCUUCUGGCAUGUAUAUGUACAUUUUCUUAGGAACUUUGAUUCCCGAAGUUCGAGAGUCGACGAAUGAAUUAAUCAAGGAAAAUUUUGCGGAGAGUAUAUUGGUUUCAAUUCUACAGGCAGGUGGCAUUCUUUUUGGAACCACUUUUAUGUAUUUCAUGAGUCGGGUGAACUCUGUUGAUUUUUAA